UUCCGUAAAAUGAAUUCCCAAUACAAAUGAGUUGUAGGUUUAUCUCAAAGAAUUCCAAAUAGGCAAGUCCUAGGAGUGGGUAUUUCUCCUUUCUACUCAAAGUGACAACGAAGGAAAUAUUUGAGGUCAGAAUGUAAGACAGUGAAGGAAAAAUUGAUGAAAGAAAAUGCUAAGUGCAAAGUUGGUUGCUUCCUCAUAUUCUCCUCCAUGUGGGCUUAUUCAUUUUGGAAUUAGAUCUGCUGUUUUAAAUCCUGAGUUGCCUCAGAAUUCUCGCCUCCAUAUUCUUGAGGAAUUCAAUGCGGGCCUGUUUGAUUAUCUAAUUGCAACAGAUCUUAGCCAGUCAAAGGAAAAGGAUGAAGUGCCUAAGGAAAGUAAUGUUGGAUCAUGGAAGUCUAGGCAACAUGCUAAGAUAAAAUUAGAUUCUGAAUUUGGAGUUGUAAGGGGAAUUGACUUUAAAAAUGUAUACACGGUUAUAAACUUUGAAAUGCCUGAAAGUGUAGCGGGAUAUGUACAUCGAAUUGGACGUACAGGAAGAGCAUACAAUUCUGGUGCUUCUGUCUCUCUGGUUUCUACGGAUGAGAUGGAUACUUUAGAAGAAAUAAGAUCUUUUGUUAGGGAUGAUGAAAACAAAGGCACAAAUUCCAUUGCUGAGUUUCCCCUCCUCACCAAGAAUGCAGUUGAAUCUUUACGGUACAGGGCUGAGGAUGUUGCAAAGAGUGUAACUAGAAUUGCUGUCCGAGAGUCACGAGCCCAGGAUUUGAGGAAUGAAAUUUUGAACUCUGAAAAGUUGAAAGCCCACUUCGAAACUAAUCCAAAAGACCUAGAUCUACUGAAGCAUGACAAAGUUUUGAGCAAGAAUCCACCACCUCCGCACCUACGUGAUGUGCCUGAGUACCUAUUAGACAAACCAACAAAAGAGGCAAGGGAAAUGGUCAAGCUUGCAAGGGAUCCAAGAGAAAAUUAAGAAAAGAUGGAGACCCUCUGAAGGCUAUCUAUGCUGUGGUAUGAUUAACCUUUAGCCAUCGAUUUUACCUGUUAUGCCAAUUUUGAAUCUUUAAUGAUGAAGGUGUCGGUGGAGAGGAAAAAUUGUGUCUGGAUGCUUAUAAAAUAUAAGUACAAAUACAAUGUUGCACAAAUCUAAAGAUAACGCUAGAGUGUCAUUAGUUGUUACUUUGUAAUACUAUUUCUGUAUUCUGUAUGACUUUUAUACGUUUUUGUCAGGGAUCAAAAAGACCGCACAAACACAAAAAGAAUAAGGGUGUUUGAUUGAUUUGCCCUUUUCUUACAAAGCCUUAUAACAGGCUCAAUUUUGUUGUAAUUUAGCUCCAAAUAUCGUAAAACAACAGUGAAGUAUUGGAAUUAUUGA